UGUCUGUUGUUGGCAACCUUGUUUGCAUCGCUGGUUUCCGUUUAUUGUUUUUAUUAGGUUUCGUUUCUUCAGACUCUGUAAGUGUUUCGAUGUGCCCGUUUUAACAUUCGGCCCCGUCCGUUUACUAAUAGCGUUACUGAUUCAGUGAAAGCCGCAGAGCACCGCCCGUCUGGAGUGUUAGAAGGUUAAAAGCGAGCAAUCCUCAAUAGGAUUUUCUUCGUAUGAAGUCGUAUGAUUUCCUCACACAUCCGUGAAGAGAGAUCUAGAGAACGUUUUUGCUACAUUUUUGAGUCACACUGUGAUCUAGAAUCAUGGUCAAACGGAGUUUAUCUUCACUCGUCCAAAUUGGAAUGGACUUUUUCGAGUUUUUAAACGAGACCCAAAGGACUUCCAUCACAGACAGACUCCAGCUUAGAGACAUUUACAAUGAUGAGUUCAGGUGCAGGAAUCCAGGAAUCAAAGAUCCAAACUUUGGUUCAGUCCUUCACGCCCUCAAAGUGUGUCACAAGAUAAAAAGACGAACAGACAUCAUAAACUUCACCCCAGCGGUCAAAGCUCAAUACAUGAACCAGUGGUGUAUACCCAAGACCCGUGAGCCACCACCCGAGCCAAGCAGGUCAGAUAGCAUUGAUGCCUCAACAGACACCAAGUCAGCAGAUGAGGCGGUGACGGGAGUCAGAGCCAGGAGAAAAUUGGCCAGUGAGCUGAUGAGCAUACUGAAGGUGGAAAGGUAUCUUUCCAUGUUGCUCUCUGAUAAACAUGGUAUAAGCAUCACUUCUGACUGUCCGUUUGAGAACGGCAAACUUGUCCUGUGUGUGAAAAACACAUAUGAGUAUACAGUCAAGCUGAAUGUGGAAAACACAGGAGAUCAGCCUUUGUAUUUUACUUACUACACACCACUGCACUGGCUUAGGUGCUUAACUCUACGUGAUGAAAAAAGGGUGACCAGACUGCAACCCCUACUUCUAAAUCCAGGUGACAGCUAUGAAGUCGAGGUCAGUUUCCAAUGUAGUCUGGUUGGGUUUUUUCCAGCUACACUGGCAUUUGAAUUCAAACCAGACUUGGAGCCGACCACUGCUGCCUUCCAUAUUGUGCGGAUCAUCGAGGCUCAGUGUAUAACUGAUUUAGGACUGGAGCUGGCCCCUAUAGCGCCCUUCAAGCCUCGCUGCCUCCCUGACUGGAUCCCAGAACCUGAUUGCAAGAUUGUGGAUGGGGAGCCACCUGAGGGACUCGCUGUGAUGCAACUAGAAUAUGUGGUUCACUUAAAAAAGUACCUGACACCACCAUACAUGAACGACCUCAUUCAGCUACUGAGGAAACCUACUCACCCGUCUCGAAACUUUCUCGCUAAUGAGAAAAGUAAUUUUUUGGAGAAACCUUUGUGUUGGGAGAAUUAUACUGAGAAGUUCCAGUUGUUGCUGUAUCUGGAGGAACUUCAGAUGGAGUUUGAUAUCAGAAGAUACAACAUUCCCAAUGACGACAGAAAACACGCUGAGCUAGCAAGAGACACAACCAACCGGAAGCUUCUUGUUCUAGAGGUACCUGGUGUCUCUGAGAACCGACCCUCUGUGCUGCGGGGGGAUUCACUGCUUAUGUACCCGCAGGGAGAAAAGGGGGUGAAAUACCGUGGAUAUGUUCAUGGUGUGCAGCUGGACAGCAUCAGACUGGGCUUUGCCCAAGAAUUUCUAAAUCGAUAUGGCAAAGACUUCAGCUUUAUUGAAGGGAUAAAAUUCAAUGUUGAGUUUACAAUCAAUCGCCUACCUGUGCGGCUCCAGCACAGAGCUGCAGAACUUGCAAGGAGCCAUAACCUCAGGAGUGUGUUGUUUCCUGUUGAACCCACUUUAUCGUAUGGAAAACCUGACCUCCCCAAACUCAAACUGUUUGACUACCAGCUGGAGAAAAACCCUGAGCAGUAUCAAGCUGUUCAGCACAUUGUAGCUGGGUCAUCCAGACCUGCUCCCUAUCUUGUGUUUGGUCCACCGGGAACAGGUAAAACUGUCACUGUUGUGGAGGCCAUCAAGCAGAUAGAGAAGACCCAGACUUCCUGCCACAUUCUGGCCUGUGCUCCCUCCAACAGCGCUGCUGACCUGCUGUGUACCAAGAUUCGAGAGCAUGUAGACGCGCGCAAUGUCUACCGCAUAUACGCAAGCAGCCGUGACCCAAAACUCGUCCCUGAGCAACUUAAGGCGUGCUCUAACCUGGAAGGAGAUUCUUACCAUUUUCCUCCCAAAGAGAAACUGAUGGAGUAUAAAAUUGUAGUCACCACCCUUUUAACUGCUGGAAGGCUUGUGUCAGGUGACAUUCCCUCUGGACAUUUCACACAUGUGUUUGUGGAUGAGGCAGGACACGCUGUAGAGACUGAGUGUUUAGUCCCCCUGGCAGGAUUGCUUGAUGCUGAGACUGGACAGCUUGUUCUAGCUGGAGAUCCCAAGCAACUUGGACCCAUCCUCAGAUCUCCUUUUGCGCUGAAAUACGGAAUGGGAGUGUCCCUCUUGGAGCGCUUGAUGACUGAUUUCCCGCUGUACCAAAAGAAUGAGGGUGUCUACAACAACCUCUAUGUGACAAAAUUACUGCGUAACUAUAGGUCUCAUCCUGUCAUUCUCAAGAUUCCCAAUGAGCUUUUCUAUGAUGGAGAGCUUCAGGCUUGUGCUGAAGAAUAUUCACGCAACUUCUACUGCAAUUGGGAAUACCUUCCCAAGCAGGGCUUCCCAUUGAUCUUCCAUGGGGUUACUGGUACUGACGACCGUGAGUCCAACAGCCCCUCAUUCUUUAAUAUUGCAGAAAUAGAGGUGGUUAUGGAGUAUGUCAAAAAACUGCUGCAGACACAAGGGAAGAAAGGGCUAGCAAAAAUAGCCCCUAAAGAUAUAGGCAUCAUCGCCCCCUACAGGAAGCAGGUGCAGAAAAUACGCAAAGCCUUGGAAAAGGUUGGGAAAGACUUAAAAGUUACUGACAUGGGUGAUCUUAAGGUCGGUUCAGUCGAGGAGUUUCAAGGACAAGAGAGGAGAGUAAUCCUGGUGUCCACAGUUAGAAGCAGUCCCAGAUACUUUGAUAUUGACAAAAACUUCAGCCUGGGCUUUGUCAAGAAUGAGAAGAGAUUCAACGUGGCUGUGACUCGAGCCAAAGCUCUGCUGAUCGUGGUGGGAAACCCCCUGGUAUUGAAUGCAGAUUCUACCUGGGCCCGCUUUAUCGAGUACUGCAAAGAGGAAGGAGGCUAUGAGGGCUUCACGCAUGCUGAGGAAGAUGAGGGGGAGAUCGUAGCCAGAUUGUCUGCACUCUACAUCAGCAUUGAGGCUCAGAUUGAGACUGCCGAGAGUGUUGUCCAACAGCAACUGGAUCCUGAAUGGAGGAACGACAUGUGAGAAACCGGAAGAGAGACGAUGUCCAGUGGGAAAACUUGAAGAGCAUUAUUACUAUAUAAAUACAAAUCACUGCUCGGCAUUAAGAGUCAGUAUUCAUCUGACAUGAGGUCAGGGAAGACAUUUUAAUUAUCAGUAACAGCAUUUGGCCAAAGACGAAAGUUGCAGAGAAAUGAAUUGCACUUAAAGAUGAAAAACAUUUAAAUAUUCAGUCUUCUCAGGGUUCAAGUUUUUUUUUAAAUCUAUAUCACAGCUAUUUAUAAGUCAAUAAAAUGUAUUAGUUGAUUAUUUGUGUGUUGAAUCACAAAAAAAUCUAAAUCAAAGUGUGGCAUUUAAAGAAUAUAAAAACUCAAAUUACCAUUACUCUAGCCUGUAUUAUGUCAUAGCAUGAAAAUGCAGGAUCUUUUUAAAUAAUUUUUCACAGCUGUUUAGUUGGGGCUUUUUCUGUCAAACCAACAAGGGUAUGAUACAUACUUCUUGUUUACCUUCACAAAUAAAUUUGUAAAUCAUGCAGUGCA